UAUAAAUUGUGGUCAAUUUUAAUCCAUAUUAAUCAUGGGUAUGAUAACAACUAAUGUAUUGGAAGAAUCUUUAAGUUUUGGACCAUUACCAACAAGUUUAAUGAUAGCUGAACCAGCAUAUUUAAUUGCACAAACAACAACAGAUCGAUUAUCUGAAUUACCAACAAUCUAUGCUGAUCCCAAACGAUUAUCUGAUCCAAUACGUCUUAUUGAAUGGGUAUGCAAUCUACGUUGUGCUAGAUGUCCAGGUGAACAAAAUAUGGAAUUAGUCUAUUGUCAUCAAUUAGGUCAAUCAUUCUAUAGAACAAUACGUAGAAUUGAAGUUGGUGAAGAAUUAUUAGUUUGGUUUCGAAGACAAGAUUUGCAACCUUUAGUGAUAGAAUACUUGAAUAAUUUACAUAUUUACGAAGCAUGGAUAGGACAAACAGUAAAAUCAACUGAUGUAUUACAAAAAGAUUAUGAAGAGUUUGUAAAUGUACAUAAAUCUUUAAAUACAGAUUAUUACAAAUUUCAAUGCUCCAAAUGUCAUGAAGAAUUCACUUAUAUCUAUCCAUAUAUAUCACAUUGUUUAUUCAAAUGUCAUAAACAAACUAUCAUUCAAAAUACUCAAUGGAUUAAUCAUCAUCAAUUGAUGGAAUCUAAUGAAUUCCCUAUUGAAUUAACUAAUAAAUGUACAUAUCAACAAAAUAUCGAUUUAUUAUUACGUAAUAAUAUGAAUACACAAUUAAAUCCAAACAAAUUAGAUCAUAUCAAGGAUAACACAACUGAAGAUCAUGAUGAUGUUGACGAUGUUGAUGAUGACGACGGUGAUGAUGAUUCUCAACUGACUAUUGAAACUAGAUCCAAUAAAAUAGGGGAUCCAUUCCAGAAAAUAGGAAACACAAAUGAAUUAACAUCUAUAAAAAAUUUCAAUUCAUUGCAUAGAAAAUAUUUGCAUAAAAUUCAAUCUGAUAAUAAAAUGUCGAAAAAUUUGAAAACAUUAAAACAAACUACUUAUAUAGAUAAUAUAAGUAGUUUAUAUAAUAAAAAGUCGAAAUUGAAAACUACAUUAUUACCAUUAAAAUCACGUAAUCCAUUAGUUGAACAAUUAUUACAAACAAUUAUGUUCAAGAAAAUAGAUACAAAUAUUGAAAAUAAUUCAACAUUAUCAAUAAAGAAGUCAAUUUCAUCGUCGCCGACGACCACGACGACGACGAUGAUGACGACGACGACAACAACAGCAUCAUCCCCAUUAUUAUGUAGUUUAUCAUUAGCACAAAAUUGGUGUGCACGUUGUUUUAUUACAUUUCGUUUAACUAGUGAUUUAGUACAUCAUAUGCGUACAUGUCAUAAUCAAGCUAAUAAACAUUCUAAUUAUAAAGAUCGUUCAUUAUCACAUCAUAAAACAAUUGAUUUAAUCAAUAAGAAAAAACAACUAAACAAUGAAAUGGAUUCAUUACAUUCGAAUGGACAAUCAUCUUUGUCAUCUUUAUCAUCAUUGACAACUAUUGGAACAUCAACGACAUCAUCACAGACAUCAACGAUGUCGACGACGACGACAACAACAACAACAGCAACAGUCCUAUCUUGUUAUUCAACAAUAAAUAAACCAAUUUGUUCACUUUGUGGUGAACAAUUUAAAGAAAAACAUCAUUUAACUAGACAUAUGCUUUCACAUAAAUAAAGUUAUAUUACAAAUUUGAUAAUCAUAUUUUGUUACUAUGUUAAACAAGAUCAAUCAAUAUAAUAGGUAUUUGGAUUCGAACUGUAAUGCCGUUGCUGAUAGCAACAGGUUAUUAUAGACAAGGGAUAUGAUGAUAUACCUUUAUGCUUAUUCAGUUA